ACCGCUACUCAGUGUCAGAGCUGCAAGAACGAGAAGAGGAGUGGGCACCCUAAACUUCCAGAUCAGGAACCGGAGGAUCUUGCCACCUAUCGAGUUGUCAAUGGCAGCACAAUGUGUGACUAAGGUGGAGCUAAGUGUCUCCUGUGACAACCUUCUGGAUCGAGAUGUCAGUUCAAAGUCUGACCCGUUGUGCAUUCUUCACAUGAACUCCACCAACCAGAAUUGGUUUGAGGUUGGACGAACCGAAAGAAUUUCAAAUUGCUUGAAUCCAAAAUUCUGCAAGACUUUCCUUAUUGAUUAUUACUUUGAGAUAGUACAAAAGCUGAAGUUUGGCGUUUAUGAUAUUGAUAACAAAACUGUCGAUUUGAGCGAUGAUGAUUUUUUGGGAGCAUUUGAAUGCACACUUGGUCAAAUCGUAUCCAGUAAGAAACUGACAAGGCCUCUUCUUCUCAAAAAUGGCAAGCCUGCAGGUAAAGGAUCCAUCACGAUCUAUGCAGAAGAAGUGAAGGAUAACAGAGUGGUCGAAUUUGAGGUAGAAGCAAGAAAAUUGGAUAAUAAGGAUUUUUUCGGGAAGUCUGACCCUUAUCUAGAAUUCUACAAGCAGGGUGAGGAUGGAAGGUGGCAGAUGGUACACAGAACAGAAGUGAUUAAGAACAAUCUGAAUCCUGUCUGGAGACCUUUCAAGAUACCACUCCGAUCUCUCUGCAAUGGCGAAAUGGAUAAACCUAUAAAGAUUGAGUGCUACGACUAUGAUAAUGAUGGAUCACAUGACCUUAUAGGAAUCUUCGAGACUAAUAUGGAUAAGCUUAAGGAAGCGACACGUCUCUCUCCAGUGGAAUAUGAUUGUAUUAAUGAGAAGAAGAAGCAGAAGAAGAAAGGAUACAGAAAUUCCGGGGUAGUGUGUGUAAAAAUCUGUCAGAUUGUAAAGGAAUAUUCGUUCCUGGACUAUAUUAUGGGGGGAUGCCAGAUGAAUUUUGUUGUUGGUAUUGACUUCACGGGGUCAAAUGGUGAUCCACGCUCUCCAGACUCCUUGCAUUACAUCAGCCCUAAUGGUGUUAAUGAAUAUCUGACAGCCAUCUGGUCUGUUGGGAUGGUAGUUCAAGAUUACGAUACAGACAAAUUGUUCCCAGCUUUUGGAUUUGGAGCUCAGAUACCACCCAACAAUCAGGUUUCACAUGAAUUCCCAAUAAAUUUCAACCCAUCAAACCCGUUCUGCAAUGGGAUCCAAGGAAUUGUAGAUGCUUACCGAGCUUGUCUUCCUCAAGUGAAAUUAUAUGGACCCACCAACUUUUCUCCAAUAAUUGAACAUGUUUCCAAAUUUGCUGCUGAAGCUACACAGCAGAAGACUGCUUCACAAUACUACGUGCUUCUGAUUAUCACCGAUGGAGUCAUAACUGACCUCGAUAAGACCAGACAAUCCAUCGUUAAUGCAGCAAAGCUCCCCAUGUCCAUAAUAAUCAUUGGUGUGGGGGCAGCGGACUUUAGUGCCAUGGAAUUUCUUGAUGGUGAUGGUGGACCCCUUCGGGCGAUCAGUGGAGAGGCAGCUAUAAGAGACAUAGUGCAAUUUGUGCCCUUUAGGAAUUUUGCUAAGGCUCCGAAAGAAGCCCUUUCCCAGGCAGUCUUGGCUGAAGUACCCCAGCAGGUUGUCUCCUACUUUAACACGUACAAACUAAAACCACCAAAUGAACCUGCUGCAAAAUGAGAUCCUUUGGGGCAACAUAUUCUCUGCCUUUUAAACUCAAUAGGUCUCAUCUACCCUUUUUAUAACAACCGUUAAUGUAUCAUAACUUUAAAUAAAGUCAUAUAUGUUUUUUUUAUGAGUACAUCUGCCAAAUUGUUUGCAUGUUUGCUUAUUUUAAUAUCAUGAGAUGAAUCGCAUUGCUCGGGUUUGUCAACAAAAAGGUCAACAAAAAAACAUUUUGUGUAUUGCUUGUGAAAUACUGUAAAUCUUUAUUACAUUGUGAGACAUUUUCGGAGUAAACUUCGGUUGAAUGCAUUAUCUAUUAAUCUGAGCUAUUGCUUGGAAUUCAGUUGGCUAAACGGGAUUUUGACUAGGGUAUUCUUUGAACCCUUCAUUUUCAUGAAUGAAAUCCAAAUGGGAAAACUGAGGCCAAAAUAGCCAGAUUGUGAUUGAAUUGGAUAUUUUUUUUUUUCCAGAUUAGCUUUUUUACCUCGGUUUUUCCAUUUGGAUUUAAUGUAUGAGAAUGCAGAGUUUAGUGAAUAAACUUCUAUCUUUUG